CAACAUGAUAAGCUUGUGUUUGCGGAAAUGCGUGGCUUCGUCUCGGCGUAUGAUUCGACCGAAUAGAAACAUCAGACCCGAUGCAGUCAGUCAUCAUACUGUAUUUUUUUAAUCUUAUGUCAACAACAAAUUGAACCGACUCCAAAGGUUAUAGCUAUCAUCCUGCAAUACUAAGGGGCCCCGGACUUUAGGUAUAUCGACACGAGGUUGGGCGACAGGAUUCUGCGACCUUUCUACAACGAUUUAACCACCUUUCUCAACUUCCUUUGGCCUCGAAAAUCAACGAUCUGAGGAACUAGAGCAGAUAGAAGGGCCACCAAGCACAUCCCUACUACAUACCGAAAAUGUCGACCUUCGCAGGGGAUAUUGACCUCGGCCUGCUGCGCGACCGGCUCGUCGCCAUCGCCCUCCGCGCCGGACGUAUGAUUACAUCGGCCAAACCGACAACCACCUCAUCAGGCACGAAAAAGAACAGCGCCGACCUCGUGACCGAGACCGACCAGGCCGUCGAAGCCUACAUCUCCAGCGAACUCGGCACUUUGUACCCGGACUUUGCCUUCAUGGGCGAAGAGACGUACGUGCCGGGCCAGAAACUGGGCAACGAGCCUACGUUUGUGGUGGACCCGAUCGACGGGACGACGAACUUUGUGCAUCGGUUCCCUUAUGUUAGUGUGUCGUUGGGCUUUGCGGUGAACAAGGUGCCGACGGUGGGUGUCGUGUACAAUCCGUUCACGGGCAGACUCUACUCGGGCAUCAAGGGGAGGGGCAGUUUUGUUUUUGACAUUGACAAGCAGCAGCCGCUCGACGAAAAAACACGAACAGACACAACGGACGGCCAGGUGCAGGUGCCGAGAGAAGACGAGGGCACGAAACUUCCGGUCAAAGAGCUCGCUCCGCUGGGCGGCUUGGACGAAUGUGUCGUGGCGAUCGAGUUUGGCAGCGACCGGGGCGGACAGAAUUGGAAGACGAAGACGGAUACGUGGGCGCGACUGGGCAGGAGGAAAGAGGACGGCGGGGCGAUGGUGCACAGCGCGCGGGCGCUGGGGAGCGCGGCGUUGAAUCUGUGCGGUGUGGCUGAGGGGGUGCUGGAUUUGUACUGGGAAGGAGGGUGUUGGGCGUGGGAUGUUUGUGCCGGUUGGGUGAUACUGACUGAGGCUGGGGGGCUUGUGGUCGAUGGGAAUCCCAGCGGUGUGUGGGAGAUACCGGUUGAUCAUAGGAAGUAUCUUGCUGUGAAGGGGGCGAAGGACGGGGAAGGCCAAAAGGAGUUGGUGAAUGAGUUUUGGGGUUAUAUCGAGGGAGAGAUGAUCUACGAGCAUUGAUCGAGCGAGGAAACCGAGUCACCAUGCAUGGGCAGGCAUUCUAAUUCUCGUGUCGUGAUGGGACGUCAUACGAGAAAGAAAGCAUGCACACAUCGAAUGAGAUGGAGCAAGAGUCACAGACACAUCUGAUGGUUCGAAAUUCCGGGGCGAGGGAGGUUCUUUUUCCUCCUUCGAGGCAGGCUUGAUGACAAAAAUCAUAGACGUAGACUUUAGACGAAAUGGUAGAAAAAAGAGCAUCACAG